AUGAAAAUUCUAAAUUUUGAAUGUAUUAACAGUAGUAGACUUUGGGUGUUUGUAGGAAAGAAAAGUGACUCAUCUCCAUCUGCAAUUGCUAUAGUUGUGCCUACUGUUGUUCCUAUUGUAGUACUCAUCUGCAUCUGCGUAUGCUUCUUCUAUUUAAGAGUGAGGAAGAAGGGGGAGAAAGUUGAAAGUAAGUUAGAAAUUGUUUUAGAUCAAGAUGAGAAUGAAAUUAGUAGUGUUGAAUCACUGCAAUUCGACUUUGGCACAAUUAAAGUUGCUACAGAGAACUUUUCAAAUGCAAAUAAACUUGGACAAGGUGGAUUUGGUGCUGUUUACAAGGGUAAACUCCCAAAUGGGGGAGAAAUAGCGGUAAAGAGGUUGCUCCAACAUUCUAGACAAGGAAAUCUAGAAUUUCAAAAUGAAGUUGUGUUAAUGGCUAGGCUUCAUCAUCGGAAUUUGGUAAGGCUCAUAGGAUUCUCCAUGGAAGGAGCUGAAAGGCUUCUAAUUUAUGAGUUCUUCCCUAAUGCAAGCCUCGAUAAAUUCAUAUUUGAUCCAAUCAAGCGUUUACUUCUGAAUUGGGAAAUACGCUAUAAAAUUAUAGGAGGCAUUGCUCGAGGAGUUCUUUACCUUCACGAAGAUUCUCAACUUCGUAUUAUUCAUCGUGAUCUAAAACCUGGUAACAUUUUAUUAGAUGUAGAUAUGAAUCCUAAGAUUUCAGAUUUUGGCACUGCAAGAUUGUUCGUGCUAGAUCAAAGUCAAGGCAAGACGAAGAAAAUUAUGGGGACCUAUGGAUAUAUGCCUCCAGAAUAUGUAAGGUAUGGACGCUUUUCAAUAAAAUCCGAUGUGUUUAGUUUUGGUGCUUUAGUUUUAGAAAUAUUGAGUGGGACAAAAAUAAGUUCUUUUCGAAAGGGAGACAGUGAAGAAGGCCUUAUCAGCUACGCAUGGAAACAUUGGAGAAAAGGGACAGCUUUAAAUCUCGUAGAUCCCACAUUAAAGGCUAGUUCAACAAUUGAAAUAUUAAAAUGCAUCCACAUUGCAUUACUAUGUGUUCAAGAAAAUGUAGCUGACAGACCAACAAUGGCUUCGGUCCUUCUUAUGCUUAAUAGCGACUCUAUCACACUUUCAGAACCAAAAAAACCUGCAUUUCUCAUGGGCUCAAGCUAUAUAUCAGACAUGUCGUCUAAGAGUGAGCAAAAUAUUAGGGCGAUUCAGUCAGAUCCAUUAAGAAUUAGCUCUAUCGAAGCCUCGGUAAAUGAAGCUCCAAGUACUGAACAACUAUGUCCUCGUUAA